UUUGCUGGUGCAGAUUGUAAACUAACAAUAAUAAUACUAACAACACAUAUGCGUAAUUUACUCCUGGAAGAUUUCGGAUAGUUAGACCGGUACCUUUUGCUUUUAAUGGCCGCUGCUGUGAGGAAUAAUGUUUGGGUCGCUCCGGGGCAGGACGCGGCGUUUCUCCACAGAAGCGCCACCGCCGCGCCACUGACGGACAGUGUGAGGGGUGAAGAUCAUGGACAAGUGCUGUGUAACACGAGGGAUGCCAUCCCGGGAACUUCGUGCUUCCAUGAUUACAACGUGGCUAAGUCAGAGAUGGACAGCUACCUGUCUCCUCACCUGCAGGACAUAGCCAACUCCAAAAUGUUGUGCAGGGACAGCUCAUUGAUGCUUGAGCAGCCUUUCCCAGAGGACUUUUCCUCGCCUUACAGCGUCAACAUGAGCCUGCUCCUCCCUGACGUCACAUACCUGCACCCUGGUCUCUGCAGGACCGUGAGGCAGAUCAAAACAGAGCCGCCACACUCCCUGAUGCACCCGCCCUGCCAGGGCAGCGGGGGGCCGCCACCGGCUCCCCCGGGUGUCCUGAGCGCGGCCGACACAGCGAGCGGUAACUUUUAUAUCAAACAGGAAGUGCCAGAUUUCCAGGAUGUUCCCCUGUUUCAGCUUUUGAACUCUGACCUGGAGCAGCUCAUUCAUGGGUCGCAGCUGAACUCCAUCCCCAUGGCACCGCUAAGUCUUCCAAAUGGGAACGUCCACGUAGGCCCGGCGCCGCAUUCUGCAAAACCCACAGGGAAUCCUCAGAGCGAGUGUUUUCAAUUCAAUCGACACUUAGGCCAUCAGCAGACACCGACCUAUUUGCCCCCUUCUCCGCCAAACUCCGAGCCCCCAAGUCCAGACAGGGGGAAGGAGCUCCUCCACAAUCUGUCCCCACCUCCCUCCUAUGAAGCCAGCAUCGCCUCUAAGUUAACAUUUCAGACCCAUAAUCCCAUCGAUCCAAGACAGACUCCCAGUGUCGCUCCAAUCCAAGGUCCAGACCAAAAUACCAGUGUUCGAUCAGUCCAGAGUCCAGGUGUUGGUCCAGUCCAGCGUUCGAGCCUGACACCAGUUCAGACAGCACCAGGUGUUGGCCCUCUGUCCCCAGUGUUGGCCCAGUCAGCUUCACUUAAAUUCAACCGAAGGAAUAAUCCUGAUCUGGAGAGACGGCGGAUUCACCACUGUGACGUCCCAGGAUGCAAGAAAGUGUACACCAAGUCCUCUCAUUUAAAAGCCCAUCUACGGACCCACACAGGAGAGAAGCCUUACCAGUGCUCUUGGGAGGGAUGUGAGUGGCGCUUCGCUCGUUCCGAUGAGCUGACUCGCCAUUUCAGGAAACACACCGGUGCAAAGCCUUUCCAGUGUGGAGUAUGCAACCGCUGCUUCUCGCGCUCCGACCACCUGGCGCUACACAUGAAAAGACAUCAGCGCUAGAAACACGCUCCUGCAAAUCAAGUCCAUCGUGUUAUUUUUCCAGUGUAAACAUGGACAAAGAACACAUUCUAAACAGUGGAUUAUUCCACUCACUUCCCAGUGGAGAUAUUCUUAGCAGUGCUGGCCCACACCUAAUUGUUUCUUUUAUUGUAAAAAGAAUUUAAUAUUACCUGUUGCCUUAUUUUAUUUCCAUGUAUGCAUCCCAAUAUUGGGGAUAUUUCCUAAGGUGUCAGUCAAAAAUCAUGUGAUGAUGAAAUAACAAUUAAUCUUCCUAAGCCUUUAUUUUCACGAGAUUUUCUUUUACUUCAAUGUAACUUUACAGCCAAGGAAUUUCAAUCUUUCAUUCUAAAGGUUUUCGGGGUAAAGAUUAUAUCUAUAAUGUAUAAUAUGGGCAUUUAUUUAAAUAACUUAAACUAGCAAACUGCCACACUGCAAGUGCUGAGGUCGAUCGAGUCGUGAACUGGAAGGUCAAAGGAUGUGUUGUUUAGAAAUGACUGUGUGUCAUGAAAAAGUAACGUCAGUUUGUUUUAACAAGUUUUCAGAUUUCAGACAGGAAACGGUAGGAGGUUGUGGAGAGUGAAAUUGUGGCGAGUGCAGUGCAUAGAGCUCAAUCACUGCCAGUUAUUGGACACGUUGUCACAGAGAAUAAAUUUACUCAAAGCAAAACAGAUAAAGAGCAGAAGGACACUCAGCAGAGCGUGCACCCCGGCCAAGGCCCCACAGUCCUCCUUAAAUUCGGCACCAAAUCAUGCUCGUCAUAGAUGUUAAACUAUGGAAGAUACGUAUAAACUGUUAAUUCUGAAUCCACAAUAAGUCAUACUCACAUUGUCGGUAAUUAUUCCCGGCCGAAUUGGUGAAAAUGUCAAAUUUCCUGGAUCCGCUCCAAUUUCUAAAGCGUUUUUUCUGCCACAGUUACUAUUCAGAAAUGUUUGUGUGAUCCUGCCGACGAACAAAUAGACAAAGAAACGGACAGGGGUGAGAACGUAACCUCCGUGGUGGACGUGAUAUCUGAAAUGAUCAAACGCUGAAGGCUUUGAGAUGUCGUUCUUUUAGACUGCGUUAUGAAUGUUCUAUAUCUACACUGAAAAAAGACAAUGUAUUAAAAACGUACUUCAGUUGUUAACACACAAAUGAAUUAAGUUUAAAAUCAAAUUCUGUUCAUACACCUUGAACAAACUUAAUUAAUUUGUGCUUCACCUACUGAAGUUACUUUUUAAGUUGGUGCCACAGUGUUUUCUUGUUUCAGUCUGUGCCCUCAAGACGCAACAUACACACGGUACUUUUUUAUUUAGGGACUUUUACGAUCAGAGAUUUUAUUUGAUAACUGAAAUUUAUUUUAAAGUGCUUGUUUUGCCCCACGUUACUCAGCAGCCACACAGCAAUGUGUCAUUUUUAGCGUCAGCGAAGGGCUCGGAGAACCGCCCACACAUAGUUUACAAGAGUUUUGAGUAGAUGACAUUUGAGCGGCAGGUCAGAGUUAUUUUCUGUCCUCUGGAAGUCGUUAUGACAGACAAGUGGACGUCCGCUCAUCUUGAUUUUGUUUUGGUUGCAAAUGUCCCAAUGUGCGAUGUUUGGUUCUGCUCGUAGAAGGAUUACAACAUCGUACCGCUGAUGAUUUGUCUCCCUAAGUGGUUUCAAAGUGGUGUCUUUGAGUCGGAGAUUGGGUUUGUUUUUUUCAGACGUCGACUGAGCACCUGCCAGUCUGAACAUCUGUGAACGCUUUGGAUCUCUUUGACGACUGUUCAUGUAUUCAAACACCUUUUGAAAGUGCCUUUAACUGAUUUUUUUUUCUCUUCUUUUAUUUUUUGGAUGAAUGAUAAACAGAGCUUCCCCUUCGGGACGUUUUUCCUCUUAUCUGUUUCUCCGCUCUGCCAAAAAACAUUCUAUAUGUUGGCUCUCCCCUCUGAAUUUUCCACAAGACAUCAAUUCCUAUUUAUGACCAAAUUUAUUCAUAAUUUGAGUCGGGUUGAAUAAAAUUGACUUUUGAAGUUUCUAUAGUUUGUAUAUUUUGUCUGACAAUCCAAAGAUUGUUGUAUAAAGAUUUUAAACUUUGUUGGGUUUUUUUUAAAUAUUAUUUCUUGGCAAAGUCUGAAAAGGAUCAAAUUACAGGAUUGUCAUAAGUCUACUCUGUCAUAACUUUCUCCAGCCAAGGCAGCAGCUCCGUGGAGUAUCUGCCAGUAAAUUAUUGCAAUACUUUUAGAUAUAUAUAUAUAUAUAUAUAUAUAUACACACAUACAAGUAUUUUGAAAUGGUUGACACAUGAAAGUUUUACAAAACUUUGUGUCAUUUAAAGUGAAAAUGUAUCUGAAAUUGGUCAAAUGUUCUCUGA